AUGUCGGUCACGCAAGUCCCGUCUUCCAAGGUCAGGGAAGCUCCCGUUGAUGCUCGAAAUGACCGUACUACUGCUCUAGAAGAUCGCCUACAUGCCAUCGAGCGCAGACUGGCGUAUCUAGAAGAUAAUUCCUUGCCACCGAACAGUCAAACCUCUGAAGCACUCAAAUAUGGGUCAAGGGCACUGACGCAGCAACCAAAGGCUGCACGCAGAGGUUCCUCGACUAUUCGGCAAGAGACGCCGCUCACAGUUUCUGCACUGAGUAUGUCGAGAAUUUCCGACCAAUCCGAUGGAGUCGAUGGAAUGGGCUCGGUUGCACUUAGAGAGGGUGCCGAAGAAGACGAAUACUUUGGCAACUCGUCCAAUGUGGCCUUUUUACGAUCAAUCAUCCAGGCCACUGUUCAUUCCGCGGGACUCGGAUCUAGGAGGGUAUCAGAGCCGGAAAUCACCAACUCCGAUCAUCACGGAAAUGACGAUUCGAGUUCAUUCCUGAUGUGGCCGUUUCGCACGAAUCAGUCAGGCAACUCGUCACAGCGCACCGCGAUUGAUCCUUUCGCACUUCCUCCCAGGGAUGCAGCAGACGAUAUGCUACAUUUAUACUUCAACACCGUCAAUCUUAUGAUCCCUUGUAUUCACGAGGACUUGUUUCGACAAGCCUUGUUCCUGAUGAGAACCAAUGGACCUGAAAACAUUAGAAGAUCGUGGCUCGGCGUUUUGAACAUGAUAUUCGCUAUCACCACGAACGUGAUGACCCCGACUUCGCCUACACAGGACCGAGCACAACAGUCGAAUACAUUCUACGAGAGAGCUAUGGAAUUGAUAAGCCCUGGGAUUCUGGGCCGACCUUCAGUUGAGAUGGUGCAAUUAUUCCUUCUUAUGGAGAUUUACCUUGAAGGCACCCCUGCCUCUUCACUAGCAUGGACGUUUCACAGUCUAGCUGUCAAGGGGUCCUAUCAACUUGGACUUCACUUGUCAGGAUCUUCACGGCUCUCGCAGGUCGAACGAGAAUGCCGACGGAGACUAUGGUAUUGGUGCAUAACGAAUGAUCGGCUAUUGAGUGUCGGAUAUGGUCGUCCUCCCCUGAUUCCCUUGUCCCACGUAAAGAUAGAGCCCUGCGCUCGUCUCCCUUUCAGUAAGGUGGCUGAUGAGGUUGUUGCUUCGUCCUCCACAUACUUUGACUCGAUGAUCACUAUAACUCACAUAAUGGGCGACGCAAUUGACCGACUUUACGGGCAAAAUUUGGGAUCUAUUCCACCGGCCUACACCAGCGAGACUCUUAGUCAGGUUUCAGACUUGUUAUCACAACUCGACCAAUGGCAAGAACAGCUCCCACGGCACCUGAAAGCGAUAGAUGCCUCUGAGAAUAUCCUGGAAAAUGCGUCGAAGAGUUUAGAAAUUACACGACUGAGAGUACUCCUCUCCUUUCGCUAUCUUGGGGCAAGAAUUCUCGUUCUGCGGGCAAUUUUGACCCACUUCUUCUCUCCAUGUGGUAGGAACAGCUGCAAUGAGCAUCUUUCCGAAUGGCUCCUGGAUUCUAGCUUUCCGCUCAUCGCAGAUCUCGUGCGGACAUGUCUUCGGAUCUUCCGAAUAAGCACUGAGCUUCUCGCUGCAUCAGAGAAUAACCAGAAUCUCCUUGGAGCAUGGUGGUUUUCCUGUUAUUACACUUUCAACGCGUCACUUGUCAUACUAGGUGUUCUAUUCAUCAAGCAGAACCCACUAUACUCAAUGAGACUUCGUGAUUCCGACGAUCUAAGACCUUCGCUCGAUAUUGCCAUGUCAAUUCUCCGAGGACUGGAUAGCGGCAACAGGACGAUCAUGCGAUGCCGAGAUAUUCUCGAGAGAUUGAUUGCUAACUUUGAUGCUAAAGCGCAUACCACUGAUCUAACAUCCCCUGCAAAUUCAGGCUCGCCAUCCAGUGAAUGGGCAUGGCAACUCAUGGACUCAACUUUGUUCAAUCCUGACGCUUCCUUGGGCUUUGCUCCGGCUAUUCCCAAUGAUACCGCUUCUUUCUUUCUUCCAGUCAACUUUUAG